UGCUGCAUGUUGUACUUUCGAUUUCUACGAGAAAUUAACAUAUAUCAAAGCUACCAACUCACUGGGAUGGCUUUCAUAAUACCAGCGUAUCCGACGCCUCCAUAUCAGCCAGGCACACUGCUGUACAACGUUGAGGAAUCCUGGAGACCAGUCCUGGAGCCGGAGUUUAAUAAACCUUAUUUUGCCCAGCUCACCCGGUUUGUGUGUGAUGAGAGAAAGAUGUUCACAGUUUACCCAUCUGCGGAGAAUGUGUUUUCCUGGACACAGUACUGCACUGUUGAUCAGACGAAGGUGGUUAUACUGGGACAGGAUCCCUACCCUGAACCAAAGGCACACGGCCUGUCAUUCAGUGUACUGCAUAAUGAGUUAAUUCCGGAUAGCUUGAUGAACAUAUUCAAGGAGCUGAGGGAAGAAUUUCCGGCUACUCCAAUUUUUCAAAAUCCUCCCCACGGUUACCUCAAGGGUUGGGCAGAUCAAGGUGUGUUGAUGCUGAAUUCAGUACUGACAGUUCGAGAGGGGGCCCCAGAGUCUCACAAACGCCAGGGCUGGGAGCAGUUCACAGACGCCGUGAUAGCGUACCUUAGCAACAGCAAGGACGGGCUUGUCUUUGUUCUGUGGGGAGGGAUGCUCAGAAGAAGGAGACGCUCAUUAAUAAGGUAAGGCACCAUGUCCUGACGAGCUCCCAUCCCUCCACGCAAUCUGCCUAUUUGGGAUUUUCAACGUGUCGGCAUUUUUCACAGAUUAUUGCGUAUCUGCAGGCAAAUGGGAAAACCCCAAUAAACUGGUCAUACCUGCCCCCUUUUGCAUAGAUUGGAUAUAUACAGACUUGGACUUGAGACUUAACAUUAACCAGUCCAUUCCAUAUUGGCUUAGCCUAUCCGCUGUGUUAGACUUUGAACUGAAAGGUAUUCAUUAUGUUGCCUUUGACCGGGUGACAUAUUGUUAAAGCCGCACAUGCAUUGAAGAUUGUCUGUUCAUAUUAUGUAUCUUUUUCUGUGUACUGCAUGACUAUAUCACUGACUUUAAGAAUGUGUAGGCUAUGGCAAAAAAGGAUCUUAAACUUGUCAGUUUUGUUUGUUUUCUACAGAAAAAUAGUGAAGAAAAACAAUAGAGUAUUGUCAAAGCCAUGGUACAAGGGGUGGGUGGAUUUUUUCUUUAAACCUUGGUUAUCAAGAAAAGAUGAUCAAUAACAUUGGCUUUGAUAGUAGUCGAAUUGUUCUACUUUAAUAAAUACUUUGUGUAAAGUCUUUAUCCCCUGAAAUAACAACAGACGAGCACGGUCAACUACAGUAGUACUCUUGCUCUUGUUUUGGCUUGUCUGGAAGAUCACAGAAUGUUGACGUAAUCCUAUACCAGAAUGACUGCUUAAUAUUUCCAGUAGGCAAGUUUAUUGUUAAGUUUUACAAAUUGGAAUGACGUGCAUAUUCUCAAAAACGUUAUUUAUAUUAUGGUUUUUUUUUUCUAUCGUAAAAGAAAUGUAUUUACUUAUGACCUAUGUUCUUCUGUAUUUACAUCUGUUGGCCAUGACUAUUGACUAGACUUUUCUACAGAGUGUUGUAUAUGCUUUAGGUUAUGAAUGUUGUAACAUUGAAUGCCGAAUAAACAAUAUGUUAUGUUAUAUUAGGGAUUAAAAUCGAUCUAAAAUCAUGAUUGAUCAAAGGAAUUAAUCAAUCAAGCUUUUUCGAUUAAUUUGAGAUUAUGUUAUCGAAUCAAAAAGCUCACAAAAAUGUUAAGAAUUAGUGUGCUAAACAAUAAAUGUACAGGGAUGUUAACUUAGGGAUGCUAUAUUGGAGUACUGUUUGAAUGAUCUUAUUUAGUUUAUAAGCUGAAUUGAAAAUUAUCUAUACUGUUCAUCAA